UCUUCCACAGUAUAGAGAGAGAGAGAGAGAGAGAGAGAGAGAGCUUGAGGGGUUAACAAUGGCAGCUGUGGGGGUGGAGGAGAAGACGCACGAAAAUGGAGGAGGAAUAGUGGUUGUAAAUCCGAAGCCGAAUAAGGGAGUGACAUCGAAGUUGGUAGAUUGGGUAGAGACGCUGAUAGUGAAGUUCAUGUAUGAUCCAUCUCAGCCUCUUCAUUAUCUCUCCGGUAACUUUGCUCCGGUUCCUAACCAAACUCCUCCUACCGAGGACCUUCCCGAUUGCUUAAAUGGAGAAUUUGUUCGUGUGGGUCCUAACAAAAUUUUCUCUGCUAAUUUGAUUCUUGUAGUGAAACAAUUUAGAUAUUAAGAUUCAGAGGAGUUUGUGCCUUAUGUUUCAUUUUUCUUGCUCUCUUCGGUUUUUAACAUA